AUGCGCUACUCAUAUGCAGCACUGACUGCAGCUUUUGCCUCACUACUACUUGCCUCGCCAGCAACAUGCAAAUCAACGGCGAAACCACCCGGCAAAAAUGCCAUCCAACUGUCUACUGUUCAAGCGUUGACACUGCGCGCAGAUCGUAUGACGAGCUCUCGCCGCGUCUCUCCCAUUCCUCAACUUACUUGCGUUGGACCUCCGAAGGUCUGCGAUCUAUAUAAGAUCGAAUCAAUGCGCUGCAACAAUGAAGGCCAUGACUAUGAUGAGGAAGAUGUCCAAUGGACUUGCAAAGCACAACUGCCUCCGGAAUUCAAGCUUGGUUCUACCGAUGUGGUGUGCGAAGGAUAUCGGAGCUCCGAGGACCCGUGGGUCCUUAAAGGCAGCUGUGGAGUUGAAUAUCGCAUGCUUUUGACGGAAGAAGGCGAGAGAAGAUUUGGAAAGUACUAUGGCCAGUCCACGGAGCCUUUAUGGAAGCCCACAAAAGCCAAGACAGGACGACUCUUUCAAAAACUUUUGGCCUGGGCGGGAGAACUCAUCUUUUUGGGGUUCUUCAUCGCUGUUUUCGCGAUCAUAUUCUCUCCGUUAAUUGCAGCCCUCUUCGGUUAUAGAACACAACCAAGAGAUGGAGGUCCACGACGCGGAUGGGGAGGGUUUUGGGGAGGCAGCGGAGGAGGAGGCGAUGAUGGGUUUUAUCCUGGACCACCACCCCCUUAUAGCAACAAUCAUUGCUCCCCUGGGUAUGAGAGAACAGGAUGGAGACCAGGGUUCUGGUCUGGAAUUCUGGGAGGCGCGGCAGCUGGAUAUCAAAUGGGACGGAACAGUAACCGUGGUCGUUCAUACCAGUUCGGAAGGUUCAAUGACCCCGGAGAAGGCAGUUCACGCCGUUCACCACCGCGAUUCUCGACUACGACAACGGGGACAGGGCUUGGUUCAACUCGGCGCAGAUAG